AUGAAAGAGGGGAAGUGGUGGGUGGGUAAUGGCACUAAUAUUCCAUUAGACCAUCCUGCUUGGUUCCAAACUCCUAAUUUGCAUAACCCAAACCUUAUCACAGGUACUGUGGCUGACUUAAUUGACCAAGCCACUCACUCUUGGAAACCUGAUCUUGUUAGAUACCUGUACCCCCCCUCUAUAAGUUCUGAAAUUCUAAGCAUCCCAAUCUCUAAGACCGAUUCUGUGACAGAUUCUCUUAUGUGGAAGUUUUCAAACUCAGGGGAUUUUAAAGUUAAAAAGGCUUAUGAGAUUCUUUUGGAAGAUGCUAAUAUGUCAGCCAAUGCAACUCUUAGACCCCUUGUUAUCCCUGAUGCUGUGUGGAACACUUUAUGGAAGGUUAGACUUCCCUUGAAAAUCUGCAACUUGGUCUGGAAGGUAAUCCAUGAUAGCUUGCCAACAUUUCAGACUUUAAAGGGGAGGGGAAUUCCAAUUGCUGCCCUCUGCCCCUUUUGUGACUGUGAUGAGGAGUCUUCUAGCCAUCUUUUCCUUCAUUGCCAUUUUGCUAGAGCUUGUUGGUACCAUGAGAUCUAUCAAAAGCAUUACUGUACUGAGCAUAGGAUAUCUAGGCAGAAAAUUAUGGAGCAAGGGUUUCAAGGGCAAUGGAGCAUCAUCCUCAAGAUUUCUGGUGUCAAGCAUGGAAGAAAGAAAAAAGCUGCUUUUGCUUAUGAGGCUAGGAACAGGCAGGGUACAGUGGUGUUCUACGGAUGCAGCAGCAGUGCCGCUAACUCAGUCCCAGUUGCUUUGCUUGAAGGUCUUAGAGAAGCAGCUGUAACAGCUUUUAGGCUUCAAUACAACCAGAUUUUGGUUUUGAGCAAUUGUAAUUUUUUGGUUCAGUUGUUUAACACAGGCAAAGUACCGGAUUGGGAAGGAAAAACCUUGUUUGCUGAUCUGCAGUCCUUAAAGCAAAGGGGUUUUUGUCUUUCCUUCCGUUGGAUCCCUGCUUUUGUGCUUGUUAAUGUAUAUAAUAUGGCUGCUAUGGCCUCCAGUGCUCCCAUGCACUUUCAAUGGCCACAGCACCUAACGUUGUAG